AUGGCGGUACGCACCUAUGAUGACCAUGAUUCUCUACAGGGCAUCGAAAAACAGGGAAAAACCGUUGAUGUGAAUGGAUUUGACAUAACAUUGCUUCUGGCCCUACUUCGGAACUUCUCAAAAAUAUCUCCUCCAUCGACGGGAUGGACAACUCCCCCUGCAGUCACAGACAGUAGUGAAGGCGCGGAUUUAGUGAGGAUACGUCUGAUACGAAACGCUCUGGCUCAUAACGAAGACGGCAGGUUGUCUAUUAACAAAUUCAAUGACCUUUGGAACUCAAUUGAGAUGGUUAAACAUGCGGAAAGUUUUAAGGAAUAUAUCAACAAAUCAAUUCAAGACUGGGAAAUGAAGGAUAGGCACUUUAUAGAAAACGGAGUAUCAGAAAAGGUUUACUCCACGGUCAAAUGUCAAAUUUGUGUCAUGAUCACCGGUAACCAAGGUUCAGGUAAAACUGCUACACUUCGUCACGUAGUUUUACGACUUCGCAACGAAGGAUAUGACAUUAUUCCAGUGAAGCACCCAAGUGAAAUAAUGCUAUACCAUAAUCCAGAAAUUUGCCAGAUAUUCGCAAUCGAUAACGUACUUGGAGAAAAAACCGUAAUGCAACAUCAAGGUACCAGCAAUGAAACUGACAAAGAGUUGAUUUAUAACAUUUCAGUAUUGUUAUCCUACGGUGCGGAUGUUAACAUUGAACCACAUUCAAACUCCUACAAAAAUAUUGAAAGAACCCAAGAAACACCCCUUUAUGCUGCUGCAGCUUCUGGAAAUUUUGAAAUUGUUAGUCUAUUGCUCUCAUAUAAUGCAGAUGUAGACAAAAGCAUCCAAUCAGGAGAGACUCCUCUUUCUAUUGCAUGUGUCAAAGGAUAUGCAGAUGUUGUCUCUUUAUUACUUAGUCAUAAAGCAUCUUUAAGAAGUAAGCAUGACUACACAAGAUCGCCAUUUUAUAUUUCAGUGCUGAAUGAACAAGUUUCAGUAUUAUCAACGCUAUUAUCUUACGACAGUUACCCGGACUGUGCUAAGGAGCAUUCAUUAAGGCUUGCUUGUUCAUCCGGAAUGAAAGAGGCUGUAAUACUUUUGCUGUCAAAUGGUACAAGUGUUAAUAAUACCCCUAAAGGUUAUGAUUCGCCAUUAGAGGUAGCGAUUAAGAAUUCCCACUACAGUAUUAUGUCAAUUCUACUGUCAAAUGGUGCUUAUGUCGAUAAUUGUGAUGAUUUUGGAAGAACGCAUUUGUUACGAGCGUGUGCUGAAGAGGACAUAAAGUCAGUGAAAAUACUUUUAGAACACAGAGCAAGCUGUUUAAAAUCGGAUAAUAAAGGUAGGACACCUUUAUUAGUUGCCGUGGAGAAAAAAAAUUUAAGCAUUGUGAAAUUACUAGCCGAAGAAAAAACGGUGAAUAUUGUCGAUGCUGAUUCAAUAAGUCCCUUGUGGAUAGCAGUUCAUAGUCAGGACAGCUCACUUACAGCCCUAUUAGUAUCAGUUGGAGCAUCUGUCAAUUACAAACCCCGAUCUAAACCUUCAAUACUAUUAUUAGCAGCUGAGACUGGAAAUAUGGAAAUUAUGUCUAUCUUGGUAGCUAAUGGAGCUAACGUUGAUUUUGGAGAUGAAGAUACAACACCGCUGAUUGUUAGUAUCAGAAAAAACCAUAGCCUCAUAAAUUUACUUAUUUCGAAUGAUGCAUUAAUAAACAAAACAGACUUCCGAAAUAGAUCACCGGUUUUGAUAGCAACCAUGGAAAGAAACUUUGACAUUGUUAAAACAUUGGUAAAAUAUGGUGCUGAUGUUAAUAUUAUAGACAGAUAUGGAAAGUCGCCUUUAAGUGUUGCGGCAACUAAUAACGAUUACAAAACUGUGCAAUACCUUCUCAAAAACAAGGCAAGUGUAGAUAUGUUUGAUAGCAAAGGUUACACACCUUUGUGUAUCGCAAGUGACAGAGGAUUUACUGAUCUUGUGCACCUUUUUGUAUCAUAUAAUUCAAAUGUAAACCAUGUAACAGAUGACAUCAUGACCCCGCUUUUCUUGUCAUGCACUGCAGGCCAUAGUAGUAUAGUUUCAAUACUGUUACAAAACGGAGCUUCCACAAAUGAACGUGGGAGAUUUAAAGAUUCUGCUUUCUUGACAGCAUGCCGCCAUGGUCAUGUUGAAAUUGUAAAAUUGCUCCUAAGAUAUUUAGAUGAUGAUAUAAAUCAAUGCAACGUUUACCAUACCAAAAAGAGUCCCAUCGCAGAGGCUUGUGCCUAUAGCAAAAUUGAGGUUGUAUCUACAUUAAUAGAUCAUGGAGCAACUGUGAUGCCCGAUUUGUAUGAAAGGAUUCUCGAAUUAUCUAUAGGAAAAGAUUGUGAGAAAAUUACAUCAUACAUUUUGACGACUGUUGUUGAUGUUGAUAUGUAUUUAAACCAAAAAAAUACUUUACUGACAUAUGCUAUUGAGUGCAAUGCUGAAAAAUCUGUUUCAGUAUUAAUUGAAUAUGGGGCUUCAAUAGAAAAAGCGAAUUCCUUGGGCCAGUUUCCUCUUCUCAUAGCAAGUACGCUUGGAUAUGUAAAAAUAGUAGAACAGCUAUUGCAUAGUGGUGCAUCUAUUGAUAAAAUAACCUCUAAAGGAUCUGCAGCACUACUCAUUUCAAGUGAAAAGGGAUUUUUUGAAAUCGUAACUUUAUUCUUAAAUUUCAAAGCAAAUAUAGCUAUAUGUAACAACUAUGGCAGGUCAGCUUUAUGGCUAGCAGCAUCAAAAGGUCAUGACGAAAUUGUCUCAUUAUUACUUUCAAUUGGUGCAAAUCCAGAAAGUUGUGAUAAUAACGAAGUGAGUCCUCUUUUAAUUGCUACGGAAAAACAACAUAUUCAGACUGUUUCUGUUUUACUUAAUUAUGGUGCAGAUGUGAAUAAAGCUGACAGAGACAAAAGGAAUCCAUUAUAUAUAGCAGUUAAAAAUUUAAGUAUUGAAUUAAUGCUACUCUUUUUAAGUCAUAGAGCCGACAUGUAUAGCUGUAACAGGAAAGAUUUUACACCAGUGUGGACGGCAUGUUCUGAGGGGAACGAUAACCUGGUCUUGUUGCUUUUGUUACACAAGGGAAACACCAACGAAAGAGUUCGAUUUGAUGGAAAGGACGUCUUUAUGUGCAACGGAAUAACAGAUAAUGAUUCGAGUCCUCUAAUUGUAUCCUGUGAGAAGGGGGGUAGAUGUAAGGACCCUGAGAACAAAAAACGUUUCUUAAAAAUAAUUCAAUAUCUACUUUCAUUUGGUGCAAAUGUGAAUGAAAGCGACAGUUUAAAAGAGACACCAUUAAUGAAAACAUGUCGGUUAAGAUUUAUCGAAGCAGUGCAAUUAAUGCUUUCUCAUGCUCCUAACAUUCCAAAGUUCAAAAAAGGUGGCAAUGUAAAAUUCAAAGGGUCCCAGGGUGUUAACAAUUACACCUUAAAAUAUGGCACAGAUGUGCAUAAACGUAAUGUUGACGGCGAAAAUGCUCUUUUUAUUGCCUGUGAAGGAGACGAAAAAAGGAUUCAUAAUGAAAAAAACAAAGAUAAUUGCAUGAAGAUCGUUAGUUAUUUGUUAUUCCUUGAUGUAUCAGUGAACGCCAGAAACAAUAAAGGUGAAACGCCAUUAUUCAAAGCUGUUCAACAUGGAUUGUUUACUGUAGUACAGAAAAUCCUGUCAAAAAAUGCCAACAUUCAUACGAGCGAUAAUUUAGGAAGAACUCCUCUUUGGAUUGCUAGUUCAUAUGGGUAUAAUAUUAUAGUUUCAUUGUUAAUAUCACAUCAGGCGGAUCCAAAUGCUCCUUCAAAAACUGACAAAACGCCUUUAUUUAUAGCUUGUAAAAAUGGUCAUAUAAAAGUAGUUUCCCUUCUUCUGGCUAAUAAUGUAAAAGUGAAUAUUCCGGAUGAAAAUGGAUUGACACCUAUGUUUGCGGCCUGCACAUUUGGGCACGCUGAUAUAGUUUCUUUACUUCUGGAGAACAAAGCAUCCCUGUUAGAUGUUAACAAUGACAAAGAUUCUCUGUUGAAUAAGGCAUGUGAAGAAGACCAUUUUGAUGUGAUACAAUUAUUAAUUAUGGUUGGAGUUUCUGUAAAUCAACCGAAUUCAAGAAAUGAGACUCCUUUAUGGAAUGCAAGUAAAACAGGAAAUGGCCAAAUAGUUGCAAUACUCCUCACCAAUGGAGCACAGGUCGAAACUCCUGAUUUGAAAGGAAGGACACCCCUUUGGAUAUCUUGUAGCGAGGGACAUGUAGAAGUUGUCGCACAGUUGCUUUUUUAUAAUGCUUCUCCAGUGCGUCCGGAUAUAGAAGGAGUAUCACCUUUUUCUCUUGUGAUGCAGAAAAAAAUAUUCUCAGUUUUACCGGUUCUUUUAACAACAAUGAUGAAUGUAGUCAAUCUAGAUAGUAUUCUAGAAAAAGGUAUUUUCAUGGAACACAUCCAUACUUUCAAACUUGUAUCUUUAUUGAUUAAUUUUGGUGUCUCGGUCAAUAUAUCUGACAAAUGGAACAGAACAGCACUUUACCAUGCAUGCGGCAAAGGUAUUGUAAGAUCAGUAUCAUUUUUACUGGACAACAACGCAAAUCCUGAUGAAUACGAUAUUUUAAAAAGACCACCUUUAUGGAUUGCCAGUGAAAAUGGGAACUCUGAGAUUGUAGGCUUGCUUCUUCGUCACAAAGCUUCCGUAAACAUUAAAGACACAUCAGGAGAAACACCACUUUUUGCUGCUUGUAAGGUCGGAUGUGAUUCUGUUGUUCGACAACUUUUCAAUAAAGGUGCGUCUCUCAAUUAUACAAAUAUCAAUUCAGAAUCCCCACUCUAUAUAGCAUGUCUACACGGACAUUUAUGCGUUGUACAAGAGUUAUUGUGUCUCGGGGCAGAUAUAAAUUCCGGAGGCAUCAGUGCUGGCUAUUCACCUUUACACAUUGCAUGUAAAAAAGGGCAUACAGACAUUGCAGAACAUUUGAUCAAAAAUGGAGCUUUGGUCAACUCUACAGAUGUCAAUGGAGACCUGCCUAUACAUAUCGCUUGUAAAAAUGGACUUUGCGAUAUUGUGGAGUCACUGUUAGUGCACGAGUCUUUAGUCAACAAAGGGAAUAAUUUGUCUCAAUAUCCUAUUCAUCUUGUAUGUUACAAUGAUAAUCCGGAUAUCUUAUCAAUGCUGAUAAGAUAUAAAAGCUGUAUCAACAUACAAGAUGACCAACAACAAAUACCACUACAUAUUGCUUGUCGAUAUGGAGCUAAUAAUAUUGUUAAAGUUUUGCUUCAACAUAAAGCAGACGUAAAUGCAAGUGAUAUAUUACAUUUAACGCCAAUCCUUACAGCUUGUUCCUAUGGACAUUAUGAAACAACGUCCAUAUUAAUUGCAUACGGAUCAUCCUUAAUCAACGAAAACAGCAAGAAUGCCUUGUUUUUGGCUUGUGAGAAGGGUAAUCACAAAAUUGUACAUGAAUUGCUUUCGAACAUUGAUUCCAGAGACCCCCUUUAUGGACAUCUGAUCGAUAGUGCCUGUAUUGCAUGCAAACAUGGCCAUGAAAAGAUCGUGUUUUUGUUUAUCUCAAAGGCAAAUUUAUUUGACAAAUUUGACGAAUUUAUCAAGACUCUCUUUCUUAUUGCAUGCAGCAAUGCACAGCCAACUAUAAUAUCGCUACUUGUUUCACAUGGAGCAACCGUUGAUUCAAAGUAUGAUGUAGGUAAAACCCCUUUGAUGAUUGCAAGCAGUAAAGGAUAUGAAAAUAUAGUUUUAUUACUUUUACGUUAUGGUGCUUCGAUUAAUAUAAAAGACGAACACGAAAAUAAUGCAUUAAUUGAUGCCUGUCUCGGUGGACAUCACACAACUGUUCAAGUACUUCUUAGAAAAGGGAUGCUAAGAAAUAUCAACGAAAAUAAUGAAAAAGGCGAAACACCCUUGAUGAUAGCUUGCGUAAUGGGACAUUAUGAAGUUGUGUCUGUUCUCUUAUCUCAUGGUGCUUUGGUGCAUCUUACCGACACAAAUAGAAAAACAGCCUUGCAUUAUGCUUGCAGCAGCAUGGAUGAACAGCCUGAAAUUGUUACAAAGUUACUUAGACACGGUGUAAGUGUAAACUCUUUGGACAAGGACGGAUAUACACCACUCCAUAUUUGCUGCGAAAAAAAUCAUGAAGAAACAAUAGAUAUAUUACUUUCACACAAGGCAUCUGUCACAAUACACAAUAGAUAUGAUGAAACACCCGAGAUACUAGCUUAUCGACAUGGAUUUGAACACAUUUCUGAAAAGAUUCGGGAUAAGAGAGUAGCUUCGUCGAGCUAA